GCGCGCCCGCUUUGUGAGGCUGCUUGUGUGGCGGAAGCGGAAGCGGCCAGGGGCGGGUUGCGCGGCAACCGGGACCGUUGGAGGCCCGAGGCGUUCGUGAGGCGAUUGGAGAGGCGGCGAACGGUCUUCGAGCGGAGUUCUCUGGAAUGUCCUCUUUUAUGGUGUCGAGGUGGGAAACUGUGUUCUAAGUCACCCCAAUGGAUGCAGAGAGCGAUGUUGCAUUAGAUAUUUUGAUCACCAACGUAGUCUGCGUCUUCCGAACAAGAUGCCAUUUAAACUUGAGAAAGAUUGCAUUAGAGGGAGCCAACGUGAUCUAUAAGCGUGAUGUCGGGAAAGUAUUAAUGAAGCUUAGGAAGCCCAGGAUUACUGCAACCAUUUGGUCCUCAGGGAAAGUAAUUUGCACAGGAGCCACAAGUGAAGAAGAAGCUAAAUUCGGAGCCAGACGAUUAGCUCGCAGUCUACAAAAGCUAGGUUUUCAGGUGAUUUUUACAGAUUUUAAAGUUGUGAACGUUUUAGCAGUGUGCAACAUGCCCUUUGAAAUCCGAUUGCCCGAAUUCACAAAAAACAACCGGCCACAUGCCAGCUAUGAGCCAGAGCUUCACCCUGCUGUGUGCUACAGAAUAAAAUCCCUCAGAGCGACUCUACAGAUUUUCUCAACAGGAAGUAUCACAGUGACAGGGCCAAACGUAAAGACGGUGGCUACGGCAGUGGAGCAGAUCUAUCCGUUUGUGUUUGAAAGCAGGAAAGUGAUUUUAUAAGCGGGCCCGUUCCUGGCGAGGCGAACUGAGGCAAGCACCUUUGCUAAGACUGCCGCAGGUUGGACUCUAAAGCAGAAUUGAGGGCAGAAAGAGAAAGGCCGCUGGACCAACUCAGCUGAGAAAAGAGGGAGAUGGAGAGCGGUGCCCAGCUUGGCCCCAGUGAGACACCCCCGUCCCUUUGGGGAUUUUUAUUUUGAACAGUGCUGUAUUGUAAAAAAAACAAAACAAAAAAACCACACAAAAGUUUACAAAGUUCAUGAAAAUUGCUGCUUUUUACAGGACGUUUCUAUUUAUUUCUGCAGUAAUUUCUGUGUGUUUGUAAGCGGAAUUUUGUCAUGAUAUGCACUAACUCUGGAAACACGUCGUUUAGGUUGGGCUUGUGUUUUUAUUAUUUGUGAAUAAAUUAGUCUUUUACAUUUUUUUUUGUACGCUGAUGACCGUUGGGCACCAAAGAAGCUUUAGAUGUUAACCUUUUUUUUUUUAAACCGGAAAAAAUGCACAAAAAAUAAUUAAAACAUCGACAAAACUUAUUCCCACUCCCUCACUUAUCCCUCUUCUGUUACAUUCCUCCUCCUUUUUUUUCUAUUAUCAGUUGUAUAUUAGUCACUAGAGCAGCGUUAGCGUAAUCCUUUGCUUCUCUUUUAUUCCUGUUUUUGUGCAUAAAGUGAUCCGUAGCAGGCUUAGGCUGAACUGAACGACAGAUAGGUUUGUAUUUUCCAGGUGCAGAACUCGUUUUAACUGCAGUAUAUUUGUAACUAAACGCCACAUUUGGGUGACUCUUCCUUUUGUGCUAAACACGAAUGUACUCUGCAGGCUUUCGUUGGCCGCUGUGUUCCUUGGCAAAGAGUUAAACAAGCACUUGGUCUUCUUUGUAAAAUCGCUCAAGUUGUACCCUGUUUGCAGUUCAAGUGUAAAGUUCGUUUGAUUUUAACGCUGUGUUGAGAAAUUACUUCUAGAGACUGAUGUAAACAUUCAGGAAAAAACAGAAGUAUUUUCCAUCACCUGAAAACUAUUUUUAAAGAUCUCUCCAUGUUUUUUUUGCCAAAUAUUGCGAUCGUAGUGUUAGUUAUUCUAGUUUAAAAAACGCUAACAAGCAAAAAAAGUAAAAGGAGAAGGAAAAAAAAAGCCCUUUUCCAGCUUUGGCGUGUCAUCUUGGAUCUUGGAGAAGCCAAUGUUGUGUGCUUUGGGCUCAUCUGCGCACGGAACAGAUGCGUAAAUUUUAAGUGAAACCAAUGCUACUCUUGCCAAUAAAUCUGUAAAAACCAGGCGGUGGGUCUUUCCCCCGCCGAAGCCUUCCAGAGGCGGAUGGAAAGUGGAUUUAGAUAUCGCAGAUAGUAUGCAUUCAGCUGCCAGUUUUGCACUUCGGAUUGAAAUAAACUCAGUGGAGUCCUGUAAAUAAAAGUUCUAUUGAAACCA